AGCAGUUGAUGCCUGACAGACAGAGACAGCAAGCAAGCCUUCAUUCCUUACAGCUAACAGCAUAUAACCGCCUGGUUGCUGAAAUGAUUUUACAACUCCAAUGGUCAUAACUAUACGUCACCUUUACAUUUCACUGUCUGAGCUGCUCAGGCAGGAGCAGAAACGUGUGGCAGCAUGUGUAAAUGUCAAGAGAGGAGAGCAACGAGGCAGCAUUGGUUGACUCUGCUGUCAGGACUGGUAGAGAGUUUGCUGGUCACAGGGAUGGCGUUUGGCUGGGCUUCAUUGGUGUUCGUGCUGAAAGUCGAUGGAUAUUUUGCUGGAUACUGUGACAAUGCCACCAGAGAAGAAGACUUUACUGUCUACACAGAUUGCAGCGGUCAGGAUGAGCACCUCUCUCAGGUCAUGUCUGUCGCCUCCAUCACCAACACCAUACUGCGCUUCCCCAUCGGAUAUGUCUUUGACCGCUGUGGAACCACAGCAACAAGGCUAAUAGCUAUAUUUCUGUACAUCACUGGUACACUGUUCUUCACCCUGUCAAACACAGAGAUGUCAGUGUUGCUGUACCCUGCUUUGUCAUGUCUCAUUAUUGCUGGAACUGUCCUCUACAUCACCAAUGCUCAGGUGGGGAACCUGUUUGACUCCUAUCGCUCCACCAUCAUCACCAUCUACAAUGGGGCCUAUGAUUCAUCUGCUGCUGUCUUUUUUUUCAUAAAGUUGCUGCACGAUAGAGGAGUGUCUCUGCAUUCGUCUUUCCUCUUCCUCACCUUGUGUAGCAUAAUCCUCCUGCUCCGCACCUUCUUCCUGAUGCCCACAGGACAUAUCCCCUACCCCAUGCCAGAAACAUACACUUAUGGGGUUUGCUGGCCCGGCCGGAGAAGAGGGAGAGGAGAAGGAGAGGAAGAGAGCGACAAGAAAGAAGAAGAAAUGGAAGAAAAUCAAAAGGAUGAGAAAGGGAAUGAUUCUUCUUUGCCUUUGUGUAAAAACAUAGUGCAUCAGCCCAAGAAAGCGGAAGCAGCUAGUUUCCGGAGCUGUGUAUUGUCCUGGCUCUUCUUGUGGCACCUGGUGUUUGUGGUCACCACCCUCCUUAGUCACUUCAUGUUCUUAGCCACCAUCAACCCCGUGCUCACCAGGCUAGCCGAUAACAACCAAACCAUAGUGAGUCACUACACCAAUGCAUUUGCCUUCACACAGCUGGGCGGAGUGCUAUUUGCACCUGUGAAUGGCUUCAUCAUGGACAGAAACAAGCGCAGGCCUCUGGCUUCUGGGGAAACCAGGAGGGAGGCAGACCUGCACUCAUCCUCUCUCGCCCUCUUCCUAACUUCCUUGCAGUGUUUCCUCUUCUGUGUGUGUUUCACCUGUCCCAUCCUCCCUCUGCAGUACCUCACCUUCAUCCUGCAGGUUGUCAACAGCUCCUUUUUUUACGGAGGCCACCAAGCCUUCAUCAGCAUUGCUUUCCCAAUGUCUCACUUUGGGAAGAUGUCAGGGAUAGCGAUGUCGUUAUCAGCUCUAGUGCUGCUUCUCCAGUUUCCUAUGUUACGUCUCAUCCAGUACCAGCUGAAGGGUGAUCCUCUCUACGUAAAUGUGGGUGUCACAUUGGUGUCCCUACUCACCUUUAUUCACCCAAUCCAUGUAAGCCUCUACUGCAGAAAGCUGUCCAAACAGAGAAGGACCACACAAGAAGUCAAUGAACAAGGGCUGGCGGAAUGCUAA